AUGUUGAUACUACUAUUUUUCACCAUAAUUCCAACCGUCUCCUCGCUUACCUGUUACAAUGGUGGAAGGCUGCUUCGCACAUCAGCAGUUGGCGAAUCUGUCGAAGAAUGCCCGUCAAGUGCUUAUUGCUACAAUAUGACAGCAAACGUCGCCUUCAUCGUAGAUGCUGUGAAAGCCGGCUGCUCUACUUGGAGAUGUCUGCUGGCACGAGACACAUGCAUUAGCACCACUUUCCAAAUGAUUCCGGUAAGUUUAUGCUGCUGCAGUCAGGACCGUUGCAACGUUGCCGGAAAUCCAGCAUAUAAUAGCAUCACUGGAGGAAACGCUGGAGGGUUUGGUGUAAAUGGAGGAGACAGAAGCAGUACUGGUGGAAACGCAGUAGGAGGGGAUAACGGAGGAGCCACUCAGGAUGGUUACGGUGAUGGUAAUAACAAUUAUAAUGGAUGGGGCAACAAUAACGAGGAGCAAGCUGAAGCACCGAAAAAGGGAUGGUUUGGAGGCCUAUUCGGAAAGCCUGACGAAGGCACUCCACAUCAUUCGCCUUCCGGUUCCGCCUCAGGUGGCAAGUGGGAUCCAAAAGAAAUUGAGAGCAAGUUCAAAAGUUUCGACAUUGAUCACCGUGGAGAAGAUACCGGAGGAGAAGAAGUCUUUGAAAAGAUAGAUGUACGUCAUACGACUAUACCACCAAAAGGACUUCCUGCAAACGCACGAGCAUUAAGCAACUCAAAUGAGCGACAUGGAAGCGGAAUACCCGGAAAAGAAGUUGAACUCGGCGUUUGA